ACAUGCUUGGCUCUUGCACACCACACUGUUGUUGAUUGUGUGCGCUUUGAUCUGGGUGCAUCUGACAUGCAGUACUUUCUUUCUUGUUAAGGAAGGCAUGAACUUGCAGAGAGACAUGCUGCAUGAUUCACACUUAUGAGUCAAAACAGCUCCAGUGAUCUGCACAGGCAGGCGUGGAGGACAGUGGGAUAGUGUCAGCUGAUCACAGUCUGUUCUGCUAGAGAAGAGUUCGCCUGUCCUCAAGCCACAGACGCUUUUUGGAAGUUACUCUUGACCCUCCAGAUUCACACCGCUGUCUUCAAUGUGAAGAUUUAGGUGAGGCACAAGUCAACCAUUGUUUUGCUGAGCACACUGAGCACAUUUAAAGGAGAGGAGACGUGGAAGAGAAGAGAAGAGAAAAGAAAAGAAAAGAAGAGAGAAAGAGGGCGGCUUGCCUAAUGGCAGAGAGCUGGAUGUCCCAGUGAGGUCAGGUCGGACGGGAGGUCAUGGGGUCAUUCACGCUGGGGAAAGCUGCUUCUCUGGAGCUACUACUGGAAGCCUGCAUUCAUGCGUUUGACGAUGAAGGAGAGCUGCAUGAAAAUCAGCUUCCCCGAACUCUUCUGCUGAUGCAUCGCUGGUAUGUGUCCUCCACCGAGCUCGCUGGGAAACUUCUGAUUAUGUAUCGUGACUGUCGGGGAGAUGACUGCCAGCGGACACGACUGAAGAUCUGCUAUUUAAUGAGGUACUGGAUUGCUGAAUUCCCUGCAGAGUUUGAUCUGGAUCUAGGUUUGAUCCGUCUUACAGAAGAAUUUCGAGAUGCAGCUGCUCAACUGGGUGGUGACGAGCACAUUAAACUACUUGACAUUUCUACAAUCCCCUCGUAUGACUGGAUGCGUAAACUGACUCAGCGAAAGAAGCAGGUGAAGAAGGGUAAAGCGUCACUGCUCUUUGAUCAUCUGGAACCCAUCGAGUUGGCCGAACAUCUCACCUUCUUAGAGUACAAGUCCAUCAGGAGGAUAUCGUUCACAGAUUACCAGAGUUACGUGAUUCACGGCUGUCUAGUAGAUAACCCCACUUUAGAGCGCUCCAUCGCUCUGUUCAACGGGAUCUCCCAGUGGGUUCAGCUGAUGGUUCUCAGUAAACUCACCCCUCAGCACAGAGCAGAGGUCAUCAACAAAUACAUCCAUGUUGCACAGAAACUGCUCCACCUGCAGAACUUUAACACGCUGAUGGCUGUGGUUGGGGGUCUGAGUCACAGCUCUAUUUCCCGCUUGAAGGAAACUCAUUCUCACCUCAGUCCAGAGGUCACCAAGAUCUGGAAUGAAAUGACAGAGCUGGUUUCGUCAAAAGGCAAUUACUGUGCUUACCGCAAAGCCUUCAGUGAAAGCGAAGGGUUUAAGAUCCCAAUCCUAGGCGUUCACCUGAAGGACCUGAUCGCUGUGCACGUGGUCUUCCCAGACUGGGUGGAAGAUGGGAAAGUGAACAUUGUGAAAAUGCAGCAGCUGUAUCUCACCUUUAAUGAGCUGGUGUCUCUGCAGAGUGCUGUGGCUCAGGUGGAGCCCAACAUGGACCUGAUCUACCUGCUCACUCUGUCCUUGGAUCUGUACUACACUGAGGAUGAAAUUUAUGAGCUGUCCCUUCUUAGAGAACCCCGUAACCCCAAAUCUCAGCCCACCUCACCCACAACGCCCAACAAACCUCUGGCUCCGCUGGACUGGGCCUCUGGGGUCACCACCAAACCCGAUCCUUCAGUGGUCAACAAACACAUCAGAAAAGUUGUGGAUUCUGUCUUUCGUAACUACGACCAUGACCAUGACGGCUACAUAUCUCAGGAAGACUUUGAGAGUAUCGCUGCAAAUUUCCCUUUCCUCGAUUCCUUCUGCGUGCUUGAUAAAGACCAGGAUGGAUUGAUCAGUAAGGAUGAGAUGAUGGCGUAUUUCCUGCGUGCCAACCCAUUGCUGCAGUGUAAAAUGGGGCCUGGGUUUAUUCACAACUUCCAGGAGAUGACUUACCUGAAGCCAACGUUCUGUGAACACUGCGCUGGAUUUCUCUGGGGAAUUAUUAAACAAGGAUACAAGUGCAAAGACUGUGGUGUUAACUGCCAUAAACAGUGUCGUGAGCUGCUGGUUUUAGCGUGUCGGCGUCUCCCUCGUUCCACUUCCCUGGGCAAUGUGUCUCCUGGAGUGCUCACACACAGCUCUUUACCCAGCAGCCCCAGCCUGCCCACCUGUAAAGAUGACGAUGAGGUGUUUACGUUCCCUGCCGUGUCGUCGUCAUCAGGCUCUGAUCUGGAGGGUAAGUCCAUCACCCUGAUGACAGGUUCAGCCCAGCGCAUCUCAGUGCGGCUUCAGAGAGCCACCACCAGUCAGGCCACGCAGACAGAGCCCUUGUGGCCUGAAAAUGGCUGGGUGGCCGUCGCAGACAGUGGGUCACACACCUUCCCCAAAAUGAGAUAUAGGCCACACCGCAAAGCAUCCAAGAGCAAAGGCUUUGCUCGCUGGGAGAACGACACGCAGAGUUCGGCAGCGGCGAGGAACAGCAGGAACUCCCAGGAGCACAGCGAAGAGUCCCAGCAGAACGGACUCGCAGAACAACAUAUGAACAAAACCAGGACCUCUGAGAUCAGCUGACUUGACUGCUCUGUGGGCCCAUGCAGGACACCCUGGAGCCUGUCAGGACCACGGCCCAGAGGGCUGUCCGCUCUCGGGGGCGUGCUGGGGUGCCUCAUGCCUCCAGUGGAUCAGGAAUAGGGCCACUAUUUCCACAGCCACAGUAAAAGAGGGGCGGCAGGCAACCCGCUGGCUGAACUGGGGGAAGGGUUGCAUCAAAGGAAAGGUCUCGGACUAAACAGAGAGUGACUGCGCUGUGCCGUCCUGGUUGGAAAUCUUACUGAGAAUCACUGGAAGCUGAUGUGACGGAGACAUCAGCGUGAUAAUAGAUGAGUGAGCGAGAGUAUUUAAGGUAUGCCGUUGACGUGUUUGCGACGCACGCUCUGAUUUUCGAUCUCCCAAAACACUACUCUGAAAGGACACAGUGGAUGUGAAGGUUAUAUUCGGGCCGUCUGAAGUCGAGCAUGGAUCUGGGAAAGAUGAAGAUCAACGUAUGUAUAAUCGGACAUUAAAACACUAACUUCAUUUAUGUGUUACCCAGCAACACAUUAUGAUCUGAAGUGGAAGGUACGUCGAGUUUUAAAACCCUUUACCCCAAAUAUAAUUAUAAAACCCACUUACACUGUUUUACAGAAUGGUUUGCACCAUAGUUGUACCUCCUGUGCUUGAGAAAAUUCAGACAAGUAACCUCUGACCUGCUUAGCAACAUUAAUAGCUAUGCGAGGUUGAAAUGAUCUUUAUAUAUACAUGAAUUCAAAGACUUUUCUGCCGACACAGGUGUGCCGUCAGCCAGGUGUUUAUAUGGCCUCUGUUGCUAAGCGGCAGAUGAGUCCAUCGACAGUCUGUCGCCAAGGCAACCCACCGUCCUUCAGCGCCAUAUGUUCUGAAAUAAGUUUGACACCCAGACUCUCGGCUCAGUUAGAGCCCAACAGCCUCAGAUGGGACGAGCCUUAUACAAUCAUUUCUGCAGACAGUGUAUGUGAGAGAGAGAGCACAGGUGGAUCAAAUGAGCUAAGACAAAUAAUAAUUAUAGUGAGUCUUUGAGCCUAUAGGAUUAUAUGCUCUUCUGGCAAUACAUUGGCAGAUAGCACAGUUCCCCAGCAAAUGAACAUUCUGUCAUUAUUUACUCACCCUCAUGGCUAAAGUGAGUUUAUUUUUUGUAUUUAUUGUGAAAAGCUGCCCUUUUUCAAUACAAUGACGUUAAUGGUGACCACGUCUACCAGGAAAGGUUUUUAGCAAAUAUCAAUUUAAAGGGAUAGUUCACCCUGAAAUGAAAAUUCUGUCAUUAUUACGCUCUCUCACGUUGCCCUAAACCUGUAAAACCUCUUAGGAACACAAAUUAAGGCAUUUUUGAUGAAAUUCAAGAUCUUUCCGACCCUCCCUAGACAGCAAUGCAACUGCCACAUUCAAGGCCCAGAAAGGUAGUAAGGACUCGUUGAAAGAGCAAAAUUUAUAAAACAGAAAAAAAAAUAUUCUUGUAACUUCAGAAAACUACAGCUAAACCACUGAUUUCACAUGGACUGUCUAUGGAGGAUUAGAAAACUUGUGUUUCGAUGAUGAAUAAAAGGUCUCACGGAUUUGUAACAACAAGAGGGACAUGCAAGUGAUUAAUGACAGCAUUUUAGCAUUUUUGGGUAAACUAUCCCUCAGUAACCCGCUGCAAAAAAAUCUACUGAAGGCUUAUGAGGGCUUAGCAUGAGUCUAAUGUAAUGUACAAGUAUGGUGUGGUUUUUUUUUUUUUAUUCCCAUUUACAUUCACUGUAUGGAAGAUAUCAUCUUAAAAGGUCUUCAUAGAAAAGUCAUAUGGUGAGAGGCGACAUGCGAGACAUUAAUUUAAAUGCAUGCUAAAUUAAUGUUAGAUGCCAGUGAUUCCUGAAACGGUUAAGAAACCUUCACGUGUAGCCUAGUGCUGAACGCGCUUGCCUGUUGCCAUAGUCAUUAGAGUACUAUUCUAAUUCUUUGCUAAUGAUUUUGCCCUCAUCUGUGUAUGUCUGGCAACAUGAUAGAUGUGUAUCUGUAGUGCUAGUUAGAAUUUAAAUGGUCAGAGAUCAGAAGAUGAGGCGACUCUCAGAAGGCACAUGCUGAAAGUAAUUCAUUUGAUUUGAUGUAGCAUAUAAAGCAUACUACUGAAAGGGAUAGUUCGCACAAAAAAUACGAUUCUUCAUUGCUAUAUGUAAGUUCAUACAAUGAAAUUCAAUAGGUACCAAGACUGGUUAUUGUUUUUCAUUUUUGACUUAACUAUCCCUUUAAAAUGUUACAACUUAAGCGUGACUUUCAGAGCCUUAAAGUAGCAGAAACUCCUGUGGGAUAUUUGUAAUACAUCUGCUGUCUUUCACUUGUUGGAAAGUGAGAAUUACUGCUAACGUGUCGAGCACACAUUAUUUGACAUACGAGCAGCAGCAGCAGUCACAUCAACACAAUUUCUUGUGCAAACAUCUUUACAUAAUACAAGCUUUUGCGAAAUCAAGAGAUGUGUAUUGAAAAACUGAUGACUCCUGACUCUUCUGAGCCAUCAGAAGAUAUGGCCAACAAUUACUGCUGUAAAAUGAUCAACCUUGUCAUUGCUGUAUUGAAUUUAUCUUUAUCUCAUGAAUGGUCAUGUUUCUGGUUAAUGCCAGGUUUACAUGAGGGAAAGGUGUACAUUUACUACAUUUUGAACAUCAAGCUUAAAGACCCGUUUAUUACCAAGGAUCUUGCUGCACUUAUUUCUCCUCACUAUAUAUGAAAAAAAUAUUAAGCAAUCUAAUUAUUAGGUUCUUCCCAUGCCGAAAUAAGGUUGUGUCAUCUCAGCGUCUCAGGGUUGCCAGUGAAGAUAAGCUUGACCCAUAAAACUGAAUAUUAAACAUCAAGGGAUUUUUACCAUCUCGACUAAAAUAUUUGGACACCAUUUACGUAACUUUAGCUGGAAAAGUAUCACAUUGAGAGUAUUUAUAGUGUAUUUUUGAAGACACAAAAAACUGGAUUUAGAUUUGAGCUUAGUCUGCUAUUACUAGAAUGACUGUAAUAACUGAAUGUGUCAUAUGUAGAAACGUUCUGUGAUUCCUUUUAUUGCACUGUUAUAACUUACCUGCUGUUCAUGGAAAACAUCGAUAAACACACUACCCUAAAACAGACUAAAUCACAACUAUUCAGAAAAUUCUUUAGCUUUUAAAAACGUUCUAGUUUGUGUUUAAUGUUUCCUAACGACUGAUUUAAAACUGUGAUUAAGUGACUUUGAAUGUUUAGAAAAUUGUUUAGGCCAUUUUGCAGGUAUUCAAAUAAAUUGCCGUCUGUCACCCCCAUGUGGCCAUUGUAUUUAUAAGCAUGUCACAAGCACAUAGGAAUCAUAGUUUCUGAAGAAUUCUUGUUUUUAACUUAAGUUGUUUUUGUCACUGUAACUUCUGAUAUUUUAUUGCCACUGUAAUGCAAGAAAAAGAAUCUUUAUUUGAAAAUGAUUAGAUUUCUGUGAUUAAAAAAAAUAAAAAUACA